UAUUUGGGCUCUGGAAACAAGCAAACGCUGAUAAUAAUGGCGCUCGUGUGCGACACUCCAAACCAAGUACAGUCCUUGAAGAUCUUAUUUGCUGUCGCUUAACUAUCGUUUGAAUCUACCCUGAAGAAACAAGUGACAUGGGAGAUGUUUCAACACAACGUUCGCCGCAAAGGAGACCAGGAAAAAUUCCAGAGUAUGUUCUCGAACUUCAUGCUGCCCUAACUAAUGUACUCGACGACAAAGAUCGAAUUCUUCUAAUUCAAUCACUGAAUCAAUAUCAGAGAGAUAGAAAUGUCAACAAUCUCGUUUUAAUUCUCAAGUCGAUCCUUGAUACCUCAAGGAGAAGAGAAGUAUACCCGUUGUUACGACAGGUUGUUCCGCACAAUGACCAAGAAAAAUUCAUUAAACUUUGGCACCGUAACGAACCUCGCCAGCGUUCCAAAUCGCCCGCUCGAUCGCCGGCCAAUCUUCACAGGAUUCCUUCCUCAUCGAGUCUACCAGAUAACCUUCAUAGGCAUGCAUCGGACUCGGGAAUCGAUUUGCCAAACAUGACACAAUUCGGUUCUUCACGAGAUGCAAAACAUCCCAUCAAGCGAUUGUCGGUUAAGCGACCUUCAAACUCUGGAUUUGGUUUUUAUAUUCGUGGAGGAUCGGAACAUGGCGUUGGUUUGUAUGUAUCCUCCGUGGAUAUUAAUUCUGUUGCCGAAGCCGCCGGCAUGUUACCCGGGGAUCAUAUUAUUCAAGUUAAUAGCACGAAAUUUGACGGACUGACACACGCGCAAGCUGUCAAGAUUAUUCAACACAGCAAGAAGCUUAAUCUGACAGUUCGUUCAGUUGGUCGUAUUCCUGAUAGUUUUGUUGCGGAGUCAACUUGCAAGUGGGUGGACAUGAGGGGUCGCAGAACCUCACCUCCACCUGGGGUUGACUCAAAUGGGCGUAUCUUGACAGCUGAUGGGAUCCAUAAAAGUGAUUUAAGACUUUUAGGAGAUGAUGAUGAACGAAAGGUUAACAUCUUUGUGGAGGAUGGUGCAAAGUUAGGGUUGAUGAUUCGUGGGGGUGCUGAGUAUGGAUUAGGAAUUUUUAUAGCUGGGGUAGACCCUAACUGUAUUGCUGAACAAGUUGGACUCAAGGCUGGAGAUCAAAUCCUUGAUGUGAAUGGACAAAGUUUUCUAAACAUCAGUCACAAAAAGGCAGUGAAGUUGUUAAAAUCAACAAGAAACAUGAUAUUAACUUUGAAAGACAUUGGCCGGUUACCAUUCACAAGGGUAACUCAUGACAAAACAAGAUGGAUUACACAACCUGCUAAAAAUGGCGAGAUUCAACGUGUUCCUGCGGUCACUCACAUUACAGAGGUUGAGGUUCAUGCACCUUCCGACUCUGUCCUGGAAGGCCAACCACCUUUAUCUUCUAGUCGACGCACAACACAUGGAAGAAUAACUCAUGGUGGUGACACUGAGCCUUCAAUGUUUCAUCAUGGGAUCGCAGGAUCUCAAGUCCUAUACAGUGGGGGACUUCCAUCACAGAAGAACCUAAUAACAGAACAAGCUCGGCUAAUCCUUGAUGAUAAUGAGUUAGAAACCUUGACAUAUUACUUGGAUGAGUACUGCAAGGGUUUUAUUAGCAUUGAUGCAUUUGUUUUGGCCAUGUUUGAUCUGCUUGACACCCCAGCUAAGAUGUCAUUGAUGGGGGAAAUACGAGGCUCUGUGGCACCUAGAGAUAUUGACCGAUUUGAUGACUUAGUACUCAAAAAAGAAAUUGAAAUGAUGAAGAGUCGCCAGUUUUUCGGAAGUCAUAUGUCAGAUGACAGACACUCCAUUCACUCGUAUGCAAGCAGUGUGUCAAGCUUCUCUGGAAAGGGGUCAUCUUCAAGCCACAGCUCGGUCAAAGGUUCUUUAAACGGUGCAGAUUCACGUCCAAUCACCCCUCCUCAAGUACCUGAAGUUUUGCCUUCAAAUGUGAAAAUUGCAUAUGACGAAACAUCCCGAACUUACGAUGUUUAUGAGGCCACACUGACAUUUGAUGAAGACCAGGAAGAGACUUUUGACGAUGGAGAGAUGGAAGGACUUCCAUCUUUACUGAACAUCAAUCCCAUGUCACUGGAUCUUCCACUCUCGGAGGAUACUUCAUUUCCUUGUCCCGGUAAUAAUGUCUCCUCGCCAGUGUUGACCUCUUCGCCCGCGAGGGACCGAGAACUAGUGACUCCAACAAGAACGAGAGGAGUAGCGACAUCCAGUGAGAAAGUGGGUGACAACACCAGAAAAGAGAAAGAAGCUAAAGACUCCCUCCCCGCUGAAAAUGUCAAUCUUCACCCGGACGACUUCCCUGGGAAAAGAACAUCGAAGCCACAGGUUUCCCACAACAGUCAUGACUACGUCAACGCGGAUUUGCAAUCCACGGGGAAACCUCAGACACCUCCGAAUCCUUUUAUUUUUCCAAGCACGUUCCAAGGCAACGUUACAGACACAGGUUUUAAGGCAAUUGAUUGUUCGCCGUCGUUUACGUCGUCUACAACUGGAGCGACCAUUUCUGAAUCGACGUUGCAGAAUCGUACUGGUGACGCGAAAACCCAAGGACGCGAGAAAGCGGGUAAAACACAACGUGUUGUCGCUGAAGUACCUGACGACGACCUGAGACCAGAAGUGGCGAAACUCCCUGGAAGGAAGAGGUUGGCAUCCUGGGGUACACCCCCUGACGAGGAGGGUGCAACGAACGAUGAACCCAACAGAGAUCCACUGACCAAUGGAUACCAUACUGAUCGUGUAACGCGCCCCGGACAGACAACCAGUGAACACAACCAGCUUUCUGAUGUCUGCAGUGAGACGUCUUCACCCAGUGAAAGUCGUCAAGGCUCUGUUUCCCGGAACAGGAAGAGCUGGGACGGAGUACGACAUCCUGGAGACCCUGGAGAUAACCAAAAGGUUUCUAGACUGGAGAAACAGAGGGACAACAAGGAACGGAGUUGCAGUGAUAGCAACUUGCUGAACCUCCCUAAAGAGCAGCAGAAGGUUAUUCAGGCAAAACACAGAGCAAGUCAAGAACUCUAUGAGCUUCACCAACAGACAAAAACUAAGGGUAGUACAAGCCAAAAUGAGACCAUUUCAUCAGAAGCGAGCGUGUCCUCAAAGUUGAACGGAGUUCGAGAGCCUGAGUUUGUCGUCGAAAUUGAUAAAUCAGCAGGAAGCUUGGGUCUGUCCUUGGAAGGUGGAUGUGAUGCAGGAGGUGAUGUGAAGAUCAAGUCAGUCAAGGGUAAUUUCGCCGCGGGGAGAUCUGGAAGGUUAAAACCGGGUCAAGUUCUUCUCCAAGUGGACGACACACCAAUACGUGGAAUGACCAGCGGCGUGGCCGUACUCACCUUGAGAAAUGCGUACUCCAACCCAGACUCCGCCGUACUCAAGCUUCUUGUUCGAGAUAUUUAGUGCAGUCAUUCACUCACAUAAACGAUUUUUUUUUAUUUCUGUGUGAAUUAUUGGUUACUGUAGAGCUAAGCUCAAUGAUCUCAUAAAAAAAAAAAACAAUAAGUGGAUCUUUCAAAGACGACUUGUAAAUAUCGAGAUCCAUAGAGUGUUUUAUUGAUGCAGAGGGUUUCCAGUCGCAAAAGGUUCGCCCCAUUAUUUUUCACACUAUUUAACUUAAAACACACCUUAGUUAAAGGAAUUCUAAUAAACUAUAUCAAUGGCUUGUUGGA